GGUCCAGGUGCGCCCAAGGAGGAGGACAGCCGCUCAGGUGCAUCCUCCCUGCGCCUGCGCUCUACGCGCCCCGCCUCGCCAGGUGCGCCCCGCCCCCUCCCUGACCCUCCACCUUCCGUAGCUGCUUUGAGGCGGCCGCCAUUGCCUACAGCGCCCACCGAGCGUUUGGGGGUGUGGCGGGGUCUUGAAGUGGGGGGGUAAGGUCGGGGGCGAGCGAGGAGCGGACUGAAGCAUCGUGGGCACAGGAGGCAGUGUCCGCACACCGAAGGUCCGAGAAAGGGGCUUCCUAGAAACUUCCUGGGUGGCGAGGGCCAGCGCAGCACCCCCGGACCCUCUGCGAGCGGCCGCACCUGGACGCGAGGCGCUGCCGUGCGCGUGCGCGGCAAGGGUCUUCCCGCACCUGACCGCGAGACCCCAACGGCCGGCGGUUCGAGGCCUCCCCUGGGCAGCCGGGUGGAGCCCGUCAUGGCGCAGCUGUGCGGGCCGAGCUGGUGCGGGGCGCUCCUCGCCCUGCUGGCACUGCUGCUCCUCGGCGGGGCCAAGGAGGCCAACGGAGAUCGUGGCGUCCACGAUUUUUGCCAAGUUCCAAAGGUGGUGGGAAGAUGCCGAGCGUCCAUCCCUAGGUGGUGGUACAAUGUCACUGGUGGAUCCUGUCAGCAGUUUGUGUAUGGAGGCUGUGAAGGGAAUGACAAUAAUUACAUGACUAAGGAGGAAUGUCUUGCAAAGUGUGCUGGUGUCACAGAGAGUACCAUCAAUGAUCUGGCCACCAGCAGGAAUGGAGCAGAUUCCUCUGUUCCAAGUGUUCCCAGAAGGCAGGAUUCUGAUGACCUCACCGAUGAUAUUAUCAACUAUGAAGAAUACUGCACUGCCAAGGCUGUCACAGGGCCUUGCCGCGCAGCCUUCCCCCGCUGGUACUUUAAUGCCGAGAAGAACUCUUGUGAUAAGUUCAUCUACGGAGGAUGCCGGGGCAAUAAAAACAGCUACCACUCCAAGGAGGAGUGUAUGCAGCGCUGCUUCGGCAAGCAGUUGUAUCCUGCCCUGCCCCGCGGCACUAAAGUGGUGGUCCUGGCAGGGCUGUUCGUGAUGGUCCUGGUCCUCUUGCUGGGCGCCUCCAUGGUCUGCCUGAUCAGGGUGGCCAGAAGAAACCAGGAGCGCGCCCUCCACACCGUCUGGAGCACUGCGGACGACAAAGAGCACCUGGUGAAGAACACUUACGUGCUGUGAAUGCCACAUCACCAAGGGGCUGCCCGCCCCCACCUUCUGUUGCUGGAAAGAAUCUGGGAAGGGAGGGAAGAUGUGUGGCAAACGUGUGUGCGCCUUUUCAAAUAGAGUGAUUGAUUUGUA